AUGGCAGGAAGAAUCUCAAGCAUAAUGUUGAAAAAUGAUAUAGAGGGCGAGCUUGCAGAGAGCAUGCAGUCAUACAAAACAGAAACGGUAGAUAAGCAGGCCCUGCAAAGAACUACGAGCGUGAAGCCAGAACCAGAUAUCACAGUUCCGCCUCAUUCCCGGUUUUCUCGUUCUUUCAAGACGGUGUUAAUAGCGCAGUGCGCCUUCACUGGCUUUUUCUCUACUAUAGCCGGUGCCAUCUACUAUCCCGUCCUGAGUGUUAUAGAAGGAGAAUUCGACAUUGACGAGCAGUUGGUAAACAUCACUGUUGUAGUAUAUUUUGUAUUUCAGGGUCUCGCUCCCACAUUCAUGGGCGGGUUUGCAGAUUCGCUGGGAAGGAGGCCUGUGGUACUUGCUGCAAUCAUCAUUUAUUUCGGUGCCUGCAUCGGUCUUGCUUGUGCUCAAACAUAUGCUCAAAUAAUUGUACUACGGUGCUUGCAAGCCGCAGGUAUUUCACCUGUGAUCGCGAUCAACAGCGGCAUUAUGGGUGAUAUUACCACAAGAGCCGAGCGCGGCGGGUAUGUUGGAUAUGCAGCUGGGUUUCAAGUGCUUGGUUCUGCAUUCGGGGCGCUUAUCGGUGCUGGCUUAUCCUUUCGAUGGGGAUGGCGAGCAAUCUUUUGGUUCUUAGCAAUUGGCUCUGGCAUUUGCUUCCUGGCAUCUUUCUUGAUAUUACCAGAAACAAAGAGAAACAUAUCAGGAAACGGUUCUGUGACACCAAGAUCAUACUUGAAUAGGGCCCCGAUUCUUGCUUUAUCGACAGUGAGAAAAUCAUUGCGUUUGGAUAAUCCAGAUUACGAUACUUUGGAACAACCUAACCGGUUCAAUUUACUGGCACCGUUUGAAAUUUUGAGAGCUUAUGAGAUUUGUAUACUUAUGCUGGUCGCUGGGUUACAAUUUGCCAUGUAUACCACCCAUCUUACAGCGUUAUCCACUGCUUUAAGCAAAGAAUAUCACUUAAGCGUUGCGAAGGUAGGUCUAUGCUAUCUUCCCUCAGGUAUUUGCACCUUAUGUAGUAUUAUAAUUGCUGGCAGGUAUUUGAACUGGAACUAUAGAGGUAGAUUAAAAAACUACCAGAACUGGUUGGACAAGAAGAGGUCGAAGCUUUUAGAAGAACACGAAAACGACCCUGUCAUAGUGCAGACUAUCAUCGAUAAUGACCCCCAAUACACUUUCAAUAUCUUUAAAGCGAGAUUGCAACCUGCAUUCGUUACCUUAAUCUUAAGUAGUAGUGGAUUUUGCGCGUACGGUUGGUGUAUCACCGUCAAAGCUCCUUUGGCAGCAGUUCUUUGCAUGAGCGGAUUCGCGUCGCUGUUCUCCAAUUGCAUUUUAGCUUUUUCAACCACUCUUAUAGUUGACCUCUUCCCCACGAAUACAUCUACAGCUACAGGAUGUUUAAACCUAUUCAGAUGUAUCUUGUCUGCCGUUCUUAUUGCUGCAUUAAGUAAAAUGGUAGAAAAAAUGAAGUACGGUGGCGUUUUCACAUUUUUGGGGGCUUUAACCUCUUCAUCCUCGAUCCUUUUAUUUAUUCUGUUAAAACAAGGUAAAGAACUAACUUUUAAAAGGAAAAGGCAAGAAUUGGAAGUAAAACAAGAAGCCAAACUCCUUGAAACCAAGGAAAAUGCUUCUUCCGAUCACUUUACUACCGAUGAAGAACAAUUGGUAUGA